AGUUGGCAGUUGGUAUCAGCAAGGCUUGAGUUGGGGCGGAUGGAGCCAAAGAUUGGUGACUUGGGUGUAAGACAGAAGUAGAAAUCAGACAUAAGAGAGGAGAAAGGGGGAGCAACCAGCCGGCCUUAAAACUGGAGAGGAGAUGUUCUGGUUGGUGGCGCCCGCCAGCAGAAUGGUCUUCAGUUGAGAGGCGGCUGCAGAAGCAGCAGGAGCUUUGGCGGUGAUCUCUUCCUGAAGCGGUUGGAGUUCUCAGCGCUGGUCUUUCCCACCCCUUUUACAUAAGUUUGGCUGGUUGCCACCCUCACAGACUAGUCAACUCAAGCAGUAGCAGGGCAGCAGAGGGAGGUUUGCGGGGGAAGGGGGGCCCUGUGCCCAGCAUCCAGGGAAUUCAGGGAGUCAGUUUGAGCUUACUUGAAGGGUGCGGCCCCAGGGCUACUCCCACCAGCCGUGUCAUUGUUUGGAGGGCCGGACUGCUGAAAUCAGGGUAGUUGGGGGGACAAGUAAAUGUGGUGAAGAAGCGAGAAGUGGAGGCACACCAUGGGGAACACACUGAGCUCUUGCCUCAGUCCCAUUCCCAGCCCCAAGCUGGGCGGGAGCCCAGGACCAGCAGAGCCAGACGACAAGCCUGAAGUUUCUGAGGAGACGCCUGGAAACAUGGUGGCAGGAGCACCAUCAACCGAGUUGGGUGGGGGAGGCAGUGAGCUACCAGGCCUGCAGCACAUCGUUGAACCAAAGAUGCCCAAAGAGCAAGAGAAGAGGAAGACCGAUGGUGUAAUUCAUACUAAGAACAGUGAGCACGACAGGCAUGCACUGGAAACAUCAGAGAGCCCCCCAUCCAGCAAGCAUGCCGACAGCCAGACAUGCAUCGAUGAGCAGGCCAUCCAUGAAUUUUUUGAAAACCUAAAAAAAACAAGGGAAGUCAUAUCUGUGCCAUCUUAUUGGAUCACCCCAUUUGGCAAGCAUGAAGACAGCAAGCCGAGGCAGCUGACACCCACCUACCCAAUGGUGCCCCACCCUUACCAUAGCACACUGGACAGCAUCACAGGGGGGCCCCUGGAGCCUCCAAAGACCCCCACGCCCAAGGCAUCGGGUCUAAGCUCUUUUCGACCUGCACCUCCUUUCCAGCUGUCAGUUCCUUCCUGCUACAAGGAGGAUCUGGGUCAGAGUUGCAAGACCACGAACAAGCUGCUACCUCAGUGUAGACCCGAACAGAAGCAGUUGGACGGAGAGCUGGAGCCAAGGAAAAGCACAGAUGUUUUGGAAGGAGACACGCAGAUUCUGGAAGUCAUCAUAGCUUAUAAUGAAAAAGUAAUAAAAUCUCUGGAGGAAGUACAGAGAGCCCUCAAAGACCUGAUAAAGCUGGUGAGAAUGAUUUUGAAGAACACGAAUCCUGUUUGCUAUGAGACCAGCCUAACGUCCUUCAUUCCUUCCGGAAGACCAGCGAUGAGACCAAGCUGGUGGCCCCUCGACCCCAGCCAGUGAUGCAUAAGACAUUACAGUAAAAAACAAAUUGUUUAAAGUA